CGUCACGGACAGAAGCAAAGGACUUGGACUGAGGUUCCCGGGCGAGCAGGCGCGGAUAGACGCGGGAAGCAGCGGCUGGGCGGGGGUCGCGGCGCCGCAGCCAGCGCAGCCAGCCCGAGUGGCCGCCGCCUCCGCCGCCCAGUGCGCUUCGGGGUCGCCGGCCGCCGCUAGCACCCGCCGCAGCGCCGCUCCGGGACCGGCCGCGACCGCCGCCACUGCGAUGGGCAACGCCGCCGCCGCCAAGAAGGGCAGCGAGCAGGAGAGCGUGAAAGAGUUCUUAGCCAAAGCCAAAGAAGAUUUCCUUAAAAAAUGGGAAAACCCCGCCCAGAACACAGCCCAGAUGGAUCAUUUUGACCGGAUCAAGACCCUGGGCACGGGCUCCUUUGGGCGGGUGAUGCUGGUGAAGCACAAAGAGACCGGGAACCACUACGCCAUGAAGAUCCUAGACAAGCAGAAGGUGGUGAAGCUGAAACAGAUCGAGCACACCCUCAAUGAGAAGCGGAUCCUGCAAGCGGUCAACUUCCCAUUCCUGGUCAGGCUUGAGUUCUCGUUCAAGGACAACACGAACUUAUACAUGGUCAUGGAGUACGUGCCUGGAGGGGAAAUGUUCUCGCACCUACGGCGGAUCGGCAGGUUCAGUGAGCCCCAUGCCCGCUUCUAUGCGGCUCAGAUCGUCCUUACCUUCGAGUAUUUGCACUCACUGGACCUCAUCUACCGGGACCUGAAGCCAGAGAACCUCCUAAUCGACCAGCAGGGCUACAUUCAGGUGACAGACUUCGGCUUUGCCAAGCGCGUGAAAGGCCGCACUUGGACCUUGUGUGGGACCCCUGAGUACUUGGCCCCUGAGAUAAUCCUGAGUAAAGGCUACAACAAGGCCGUGGACUGGUGGGCCCUCGGGGUCCUCAUCUAUGAAAUGGCUGCAGGCUACCCACCCUUCUUCGCCGACCAGCCCAUUCAGAUCUAUGAGAAGAUCGUCUCCGGGAAGGUGCGGUUCCCGUCCCACUUCAGCUCGGACCUGAAGGACUUGCUGCGGAACCUGCUGCAGGUGGACCUCACCAAGCGCUUCGGGAACCUCAAGAACGGGGUCAACGACAUCAAGAACCACAAGUGGUUUGCCACGACCGACUGGAUUGCCAUCUACCAGAGGAAGGUAGAAGCCCCCUUCAUACCAAAGUUUAAAGGCGCUGGGGACACGAGUAACUUCGACGAUUAUGAGGAGGAAGAGAUCCGGAUCUCCAUCAAUGAGAAGUGUGGCAAGGAGUUUUCUGAGUUUUAGGGGUGUGCCUAUACCCCCAGGGGUUCUUUUUCUUUCUUUUCUUUUUUUUUUUUUUUGGUGGGGGGGUGGGAAGAUUGGAUUGAACAGCCAGAAGCCCCCAGAGUUCCUUGCAUCUAACUUCACCCCCCACCUGGCCCUUCAGGGUUAGGGGGAGCAAGGGGGCCAUUCAGAUGGAUGGAAACACCAGCUGCACCCCCCCCCCCCAUUCCUUGGCCUCCCUGUCCCUCUCCCCACCCCCUUCAGCCUACUUCUGCCUGUUUAACAUCAGUUUCUCAGCUCCAGUAGACCCCCAUCUUGCUGGUAUAUCCGAGGGCAGGGGAUGAGGAUGAGGAGAGGGGACCCCACUUCCCCCCCUCCCCCCCUCCCCCCGGCACGAGGAUGAACGGAUGGACUGGAAAGCCGACCUCCCCUUCCCAGCGGUCCUGCGGGAGGAGAGACUUCUAAGGGCCAUGUUGAGUGGGCUGCUGGCUAGAAUUGAAAGGAAAAGGAAAAAAUUAAAAUCUAUUAAGUUCUA